UCGCAUAAUCUAACAAAUAAGGUUUCGUUUUCAAUUUCAUUUGAAAAAAUGGAAGAACGUAUCUUGAAAAUAGUUUAGCUGUAAUUAAAUAUCAGUGAUAAAGAUAUUUUUGUUUUAAACUGUACAACAACGGUUGCUUGCACUUUCAAUACUGCAGCGUCUUUAAAUAACGAAAGUCUUUUAUUAUCGAAAUAAUCGGGGUUUCGCCCAGUAACAAACUGCUCGCUGACGGCCGUGUGGAAUUAGCCUGCCGCGGAUUGGAGAUUGAAAUACGUGUUAUCCUGAAAAGUAAAUUAGCGUACUGGGAAAAACUAGUUGUAGUUAAUAUAAAAAGAGUAAUUACAAGGAUAGCGUAUCUAAGAUCGGCAAAACUAAAUAAUCGAAAAAAUAUGCUGGAGGAAUCGCCUGAGCCUUCCUGGCUUUCCGAGGAAGUCAAAACAGGGACCACUAUCAUAGCCAUCGAGUUUGAUGGUGGAGUGGUGCUGGGAUCAGAUUCCCGCGUUUCUGCCGGGGAGUCUGUGGUGAAUCGGGUGAUGAACAAACUCUCCCCCCUCCAUGACAAAAUCUACUGCGCUUUGUCUGGUUCUGCUGCUGAUGCUCAGACCAUUGCAGAGGUUGUCAACUACCAGCUGGAUGUGCACAGCAUAGAAAUAGGGGAGGAGCCCCUGGUCCGCUCAGCAGCGACUCUGGUGAAGAACAUCUCAUACAAGUACAAGGAGGAACUGUCCGCUCAUCUCAUUGUGGCCGGCUGGGACAGGCGGGCGGGGGGGCAGGUGUUUGUGACCCUGGAUGGCCUCCUGUGCAGACAGCCCUUCGCAGUGGGCGGCUCCGGCAGCUCUUACAUCUACGGCUUCGUUGAUGCUGAGUACCGAGCAGGCAUGAGCCGCAGGCAGUGCCAGGAAUUUGUCGUCAACACUCUGUCUUUAGCCAUGAGCAGAGAUGGCUCCAGUGGAGGUGUGGCCUACAUCGUAACUAUCGACAAGAAGGGAACAGAGGAGAAGUGCAUUCUGGGAAAUGAGCUGCCCACUUUUUUUGACAAUUGAGGUCAAAAAGAUACUGAUUUCCUUACGGAGACCGAGUGUGGUUAUUUUACUCUAACUAUGCAAUAAGAGAUGUCGACGAACACAGUGGCCAACAGCUUCCAUGUGUACAUGAACCAGCUUCACUGGUAGGCAGUUAUAUGCAGUGUUCCUUGAAGUGAAAUACAAAAAACUGCUGAUUUUAAACAAUAAAUAUUCUUGUACAUCAAAAUUGCUUUAAUUUUUCAUUUUAGAUUUGUAUCAAAUUGAAACUGCAACAAACACCAUUUGGACAU